CAAAUGAAGAAACUUGUUAAGAAGUCAGGUAUAUAAACCAGAGAAUUGUGGAAUAAAAACACAGACUCGUCCUUUGAACACAGAAGAGAGGGUCAGAAUUUCUGUAACGGAGCUGCAGGACUAAGGCAUUCCUUAUGAAGAAUGGAUCUACGCUCGGCCUAUAAAACUUUGGUCAAGGGUGUGGACACCUUCAGCUUCACUGGUGACGCUGUGCCCUGUGAACUUCUGUUGAUCGGCCCCACUGCCUUCCCUGUGGCAGUAAAUGAUAAAGGUCAAAUUCUGGUGGCAACAUCCACAUACGGCAAGGGUCGUCUGGUUGUUAUGGGGCAUGAAGUUUAUAUAAGCGAAAAUACAUUUGGGCAGUUCUUAAUCAAUGCAAUUACUUGGCUGUGUCCAACAUCAAAUGCAGUUGUAGGAGUCCACACCAAACUGACCUUUCUCAGUAGCCAUCUUCGUGGUGCUGGGUUCAAAGUUCAGUCAGUGGACAAGUUCACCAGCAACAUGGAAGUGUACUGCAUGGAUGCCUACAAUGAUUCACAGGCAGGAGAGCUCAUCCAGUUUGUGAAGAAUGGAGGCUCUCUUCUAAUAGCUGGCCAGGCAUGGCACUGGGCGUGCUUUCAUAAAGACAAAGAUGUUCUGCAGCAUUUCCCUGGAAAUACUGUGACCAGUGUCUUGGGGGUCUACUUUACAUCUCACUAUGGAGAGAAAGGAGAGUUCAAAGUUGGGAAAGAAAUACCUUCCAGUUCCAUAUUACUUCCGUGGAAUAACAACUUCCAAAAGGAUUUAGACGCUCUUUUACACGGAGUUACUGAAUUUAGCUUAAAGAGCGACACUGUGCCCUCAUCUUUACUGGUCCACGGCCAGUUAGCAUUUCCUGUUCUCUUGGAUGACCACAACCAGGCUCUGAUUGCAGCAUCUCACUACGGCAGAGGCAGAAUCGUUGUGCUGUCGCACGAGACAUAUCUCACACAUCUAAAGAAAUUUGUUUGCAACGCUCUCCACUGGCUAGGAGCUCACAAAGAAGGCAAGAUUUGUGUCCAGGUGGGCCAAAAGCACCUGCACGAAAGGCUGAUCCAGGAAGGCUUCAGCUGUGAGCUCUCCAAUCUCAAAGAUGGCAUAAAUGUCUACUGUUGUACUUCAUACACUGACCACCAAGCCGAACAGAUCCAUGAGUUUGUAUCAGAAGGAGGAGGACUCCUCAUUGCUGGUCAAGCAUGGAUGUGGUCCUAUUCUCAUCAUGACCACGAUGCUGUUGCUGCAUAUCCAGGAAACAAAAUCCUAAAUAAAUUUGGAAUCAGUAUCACAUCAUCAACUGUAGACAGUAAGGUUUAUUUAGCCCCCAAAGGUCAGAACAUCAUGCAGAGUUAUCAUUUUCGUAAAGCACUUACUAGGUUCAUUGAUCAAGUUCAUAGAAAGGCACAUUCGAGUCCUCUUGAGCCUGCUUGGCUUAAUAAAUUUAGAAAGGAUUUCCUCUCCUUUGUGAAAAUGAAGGCGACUAAUAACGCCCAGUAUUAUAACAUAUGUGAGCACCUGAAAGAUCUAAUAAAAAUAAGAGGAACCACUUCUUAUCCUGUGCCGUACUGGUCUUCGAUAAAACCAGAGGACAAGAUGUUGCUGAAUCUUUUAAACAGUUUUUGUGAGCUUCCACACAUGCAGGAAGAGUUGUUCUAUGCAAAGAGGAAGAUCGAGACUUUCCCUUUUGCCAAUGUUCAGAUCAAUGGAACCAACAAAGGGGACACAGCAUGGAGAAGCACUGGUAUGUUCCUGCAUGAAGGAUACACUGGACAAGUUAGUGUCCCCACUGCAGUUGUUGGAGCUGGCUGGCAGGUGCAGAUUGGCUGCCAUUCUGAUGAUCUGAAUCACCUGGACGAACUGAAGCGCCCCCCAGUGGUGAUACGAAGAAUACCCAUUAACAGAGAUAAAGUUUCCAUCUUUAAUCCAUGGGGUGGCUUGAUUUACAUCAUUGUGCCCAAAGGAAGUGAGCUUGGCACCGUCACUGUUAUGGUGGAGGGAGCUGCUCACGCCCCAUACUUCAAACUUGGACAAAGCUGUGUGGCAGAUUGGCAGAAAACUCUUCAUGAAAGCAGGUCACCCUGGGCAGAAUUAGAGGCAGACAAUAUUAUCCUGACCAUACCCACAAACAAAAUCUCCCACAUCACCAAUCCGGAGCCUCUACUCCAGCUGUGGAAUCGCAUCACCAAAGGCAUCGCUGAACUCGCUGCUGUGCCUGAACUCUUCCCGAGGCCUGAGCGCAUUGUGGCUGAUGUUCAGAUAAGUGCAGGUUGGAUGCACGCAGGGUAUCCGGUGAUGAUUCACUUAGAAUCAGUUCAUUGUAUUACUGAUGUCCAGUUCAUGCAGACCAAUAUUAUAUGGGGUCCACUACAUGAACUUGGGCACAACCAACAAAGACCUUUGUGGGAGUUUCCCCCUCACACCGCUGAAGCCACCUGUAACCUCUGGUCUGUGUAUGUCAAUGAGAAGGUCCUCAAUCUACCACGAAGCAAGGCUAUCUCUGAGCUUGCUCCAAACCACAGGGAAGAAAGGAUUAAAAAGUACUUAAAAGGUGGAGCACGCCUGGAGGACUGGACAGUUUGGGUCUGCUUAGAGACCUACUUACAGCUGCAGGAGGGCUUUGGAUGGGACCCGUUCAUCGCGCUGUUUUCUGACUAUCAGAAAAUGUCCAUUACUGGGAAUCUGGAUAAUAAAUCCAAGAUGAACCUCUGGGCUGAGAAGUUCUCUCAACAAGUAAGGAAGAAUCUGGUCCCAUUUUUCAAAGCCUGGGGCUGGCCCAUUGAAGAGGAUGUCUCCAAAAAGCUGGCUACUCUGCCUGAGUGGAAGGAAGACCCAAUGAAGGCUUUUAUCUAAAGUCCAGUUGUAUAAAUGUAGAAUUUUCCCUAAUACAAGAUAUUACUUCUCUUCUUCUCCUCCCAUUAGGGGUUGCCACAGUGAAUCGUCUUCUUCCAGAUUUUCCUGUCUUCUGCAUCUUGCUCUAUCACACCCAUCACCUCCAUGUCCUCUCUCACCAAAUCUAUAAACCUCCUCUUAGGCCUUCCUCUGUUCCUCUUGCCUGGCAGCUCUAUCCUUAGCAUCCUUCUCCCAAUAUACUCAGCAUCUCUCCUCUACACAUGUCCAAACCAACACACUCUCAUCUCUCUGACUUUGUCUCCCAGCCGUCCAACUUGAGCUGACCCUCUAAUGUCCUCAUUUCUAAUCCUAUCCAUCGUCGUCACACCCAGUCCCAAUCUUAACAUCUUUAACUCUGCCACCUCCGGCUCUGCCUCCUGAUUUCUGGUCAGUGCCACCAUCUCCAACCCACAUAACAAAGCUGGCCUCACUACCGUCCUGUAGACCUUCCCUUUCAUUCUUGCUGAUACCCGUCUGUCACAAAUCACUCCUGACACUCUUCUCCACCCAUUCAACCUUGCCUGCACUCUCUUUUUCACCUCCCUUCCACAAUCCCCAUUACUCUGUACUGUUGAUCCCAAGUAUUUACACUCAUCCACCUUCACCAACUGUACUUCCUGCAUCCUCACCAUUCCACUGACCUCCCUCUCAUUUAUACACAUGUAUUCUGUCUUGUUCCUACUGACCUUCAUUUCUCUCCUCUCUAGAGCAUAUCUCUAUCUCUCCAGGGUCUCCUCAACCUGCUCCCUACUAUCGCUACAGAUCACAAUGUCAUCAGUAAACAUCAUAGUCCACGGGGACUCCUGUCUAAUCUCUAAUUAAUCUAAUUAACUAAUGUAGGAUGGGCCUAUGUAAAAUUCUAAUAUGUAUAGCCUAGAAUAAAUGCAAUUUAGGCUUUGGAAAAUGUACUUCGCCAUUAACUAGACAUGGUUCACUUGUUUCAGAUUGUGCUUCUUCUGGUAGAUAGCUUAUCACCCCAGGAGCGUUACUAGGUCACUAACUCAUCCACCUUCACCAACUGUACUCGCUGCAUCCUCACCAUUCCACUGACCUCCCUGUCAUUUACACACAUGUAUUCUGUCUUGUUCCUACUGACCUUCAUUCCUCUCCUCUCCAGAGCAUAUCUCCACCUUUCCAGGGUCUCCUCAACCUGCUUCCUACUCUUGCUACAGAUCACAAUGUCCCAAAUACAAGAUAUUUCAAUGUGUCAAAUAUAAGAAAUUGUAUUGUAUGAGCUACUGCACUCUUGUAAAUGGCAAGCUGGAAUGAGAGAUGUUUGUACUUGAUUAAAAAAUGCUUUAAAAUGAACGCAUACAGUAUUACAUACUGAUAAACAGUUGCUUAUUUCCUGAAUUAGCACAGCUGAUUUGUCAAAUGAUUAGGAGCCUCCUCAAGGGGCCUUCAAAUUCUAACGGCUUUAUUUGCUAACUCUGAUGUACUCCAUCCAAUUAUUUGAUCAGCUGACUGUUCUUAGCUUUAAUCUUUGUUUUUAGUGAUGAGAAAAAGUUUCAUCUUCAUUUAUGUACUACUAAUAAAAAGAGACUUAAAAAGA